ACGUGAUGUAGUGCUUUUAACGUUUAACUGCUACUAACGCUGCACAAACCUACACACCUUGGAUCGGUUGCACCACCACCGCCUUACGCUGCUAAUAUACCCCAAUACCAGAAAUAAGAAUGCUAAAAUGUCUCACUCGAUACCCCCUGGUGGUGGUAAUGAUACGAGAAGAAUAGUGGCAAAACGCAAGCAUGCUGAAGUCGUGGAUUCUGACGAAGGCGUGAAGGAUUCGACUCAACCACCGAUCACAUCUGACCGUCUUGCCGCUGAUGAACCUGAAGAAGAAGAAAACCUGAUCGAUAUAGAGUGGCCCGAAUAUUUUCAAUUUCUCGAAAAGACACAAAAGGCCUUGAAUCUAGUGUAUACCUUUUGCUCUAGCCGCAAACACUUGGCUACCACGUUCAGUACCAUCCGCCCUGCAGUGUCGACACAUAUUAAGAAGGACCUUGAGAUCAGCGAUAUUGCAGCUGUGGUUUCCUUAAGACCUGAUGGUAUUCGGUUCUCUUAUGUCGACAAGGUCAAGUUGGAUUCUGAAAUCCGUGGGUCUGAGCGUGACAACGUUUUUAAGACUUCUUAUGGUGGCCAGACCAUAUUGCCAGAUGACUCCGUUGGUGGAAUAUCUGGCAGAGAUAACCUGCGACAAUCAUACAGCAAAGAUGAUUCCGCCGAGUCAGAAGUUUUGUACUUCGAAUAUGUUGACGGAGACUUAAAUCGGCAUGUGCCGGAUCGCAAGACAGGAGAACCUGUAAGGGCUCAGACGAAGCUCAAAGACGAAAAUCUGCGACUACCGGUCUACAGUCAAAAAGAGAUGGCGGCUCUCAUUGAACGUCGCAAUAAGAAGUUCAAGAGUGCCAUUGAUAAUUUCCUAAGGAAAUGUCUGUCUGGGCAAGUAGAUCCUGUUUCAACUCUUCAGACUUUGGCUCUUGGAUUCAUACCGAAGAAGAGCGAGAUAGAGCAACAGAAAAUGAGUACCGUACCGAGAACGAUCCCCAAAGAGCGACAGUCAAUUGCUGUUAUCGUGCAAGAACUACGGGACAGUCCAUGGUAUACUGGUCAAAUCAUUCCAGAUGGCCAUCGAGUCUUCGAGCCCCAAGAGCCUAUUUUCGGCGAACUGAACUUUCUUAUGAGCCAGAAUCUAGUCAAUGCUAUCUACAAUGCGAAAGGCAUAACACAAUUCUAUGCACAUCAAGCAGAAGCCAUAAACAAUUUGCAUGAAGGGCUGAAUGUCGUUGUGUCCACAUCCACAAGCUCGGGAAAAUCCCUGAUAUAUCAGUUACCAGUGCUAUAUGAAUUGGAAAAGAACCCUCAUGCGAGAGCAAUGUAUAUAUUCCCAACAAAAGCUCUGGCGCAAGACCAAAAGAGGAGCUUGAAAGAGCUCGUGCGGUAUAUGCCUGGCCUAGAGGAAACACUCGUUGAGACUUUUGAUGGUGAUACGGUCAUGUCGGAACGCAAUUACAUUCGCGAAGAAGCGAGUAUUAUCUUUACUAAUCCAGACAUGCUACACAUAACUAUUCUCCCUCAAGAGGAGCGUUGGAGGAGCUUCCUUAAGAAUUUACGAUACGUGGUUGUUGAUGAACUUCACUAUUAUAACGGCCAAAUUGGCUCUCAUGUAGCCUUCAUAAUGAGACGUCUUAGCCGAAUCUGUGCGGCAAUCGGCAACCGACACAUACAAUUCGUUUCCUGCUCAGCGACAGUCUCAAAUCCUCGCGAGCAUUUCAAGUCUAUCUUUGGAGUUCAAGAGGUUGCUUUGAUUGACUUUGAUGGCUCGCCGUCUAGCCGCAAAGAGUUCCUUUGCUGGAACACUCCGUAUAAAGAUCCCACCGAUCCAGCAAGUGGACGAGCCAACGGUAAAUUGGAGUGUGCGCGUCUUUUCUGCGCACUCCUACUUCGAGGGCUUCGAAUAAUUGCCUUUUGCCGUGUGAGAUCACAAUGUGAACUUCUUGUGAGCGCAAUUAGAGCCGAACUUGAGGCAAUCGGUCGCGGCGACUGUACAAAUCUCGUUAUGGCAUAUCGGGGUGGCUACACGCCUCAGGAUCGUCGCUUGAUAGAAUCGCAAAUGUUUGAGGGUAAACUCCUGGGAAUUGUAUCUACUACGGCGCUCGAGCUAGGUAUCGAUAUUGGAAGCCUCGACUGUGUGUUAACAUGGGGGUUCCCUUACACUAUUGCGAAUCUCCGGCAACAAAGCGGCCGCGCCGGAAGACGAAAUAAGGAUUCAUUAUCUAUUCUUCUGGGGGAUUGUUUUGCCACAGAUCAACACUAUAUGAAGAAUCCAGACGAACUCUUCAGUCAACCCACAGCUGAACUUCAAAUGGACUUGGAAAAUCUACUAAUCCGAGAAGGCCACGUUCAAUGUGCAGCAUAUGAAAUGCCGAUUAGCCCAGAAAGAGACUCUCAAUACUUUGGCGAAGAUCUGAUGACGCUAUGCGAAGAGAGGCUUUUGAAAGAUGAAAUGGGCUUUUACCACUGCCAUGAUCGAUUUCGCCCAAGUCCGGCAAAAUAUGUCGCCAUUCGCGAUACUGAAGACGAGCAUUUUGCCGUUGUCGAUAUUUCAAACGGCCGAAACGUUGUUCUGGAGGACCUAGAAGCAUCGAGAGCAACAUUCACGUUAUAUGAUGGUGGGAUAUUUCUACACCAAGGCCGAAAGUAUCUUGUUCGAGACUUCCUUCCUGAUCAAAGAAUGGCCAAGGUAGAAAAGGUUAAUGUUGACUGGACGACAACACCCCGUGACUUUACGGAUAUCGAUCCUACCGAAACUGAGGCAAUCAGGAGCAUCCCGUCUUCAACCUGUAAGGCCUAUUUCGGUACUAUUAAGAUUGAACAGAAAGUCUUCGGGUUCUUCAAAGUUGACAAAAAAGGCCGAGUAUUGGAUGCCGUGCACGUGGACAAUGCGCCGAUCAUUCGAUACAGCAAAGGGAUGUGGGUGGACAUCCCUAAGUCUCUUUUAUAUAUAUUACAAGAGUAUGGCAUUCAUAUUGCCGCCGCUAUUCAUGCCGCACAGCACAGCGUCAUGAGUCUACUGCCAACGUUUGUUGUUAGCUUGCCUGAGGAUGUGCGCACCGAAUGUAAGGUGGCUAAGAAGGAGUAUUCAAAGCAGGAUACUACAAGAAAACGUCCGGCCAGGUUGACAUUUUAUGAUUCCAAGGGUGGAGCUAAUGGUUCUGGGAUAAGUGCCAAAGCUUUCGAUCAUGUUGAUCAUCUUUUGCGGAUGGCUUUGCAACGAGUUGAAGCAUGUUCAUGUGUUGAAGGAUGUCGCGAGUGUGUCACAUCGGACAUGUGCAAGUCGGCCGAAGUUACCAGUAAACUUGGGUGCCGUGCUAUACUUCAGGGUCUUUUGGGGAUGAAAAUUGACACAGACUCGCUAACUCUCGAGCCCCGGAACACCGACUACAGCGGCAUUGAGACGGUAGUUGUCGCUCAACCUGUGCCUAUGAAGACAGAAGGAAAUACUAAUCGACGAGACCCUGAAGGGGACAGGCAAAGAAAUGUAGAAGAUACAACUGCUGGUGGGUUUGAGAGAUGGGUUGACGGAUGAGUCAGUAGAAUCAAUUCGAUGGGGUUUCCACUUGUAGAUUAGAGAUGCAUAGAAAGAAAUUAAGUAUACCGACAUGUUCAGCAAAUAGAGAGCUA